CAAAUUGAAUUAGGGUUUAAGGAACCAAAACCGCGCUCUAGUAGCGUGUUCAUCCCCUGUUCAUCUCCGGUUUCUAAGUAGUUGUAUGAUCGAUUAAUAGCUAGAACAGAUAUGGAUAAAUCCAUUCUGGUACUUGACAAAGGUACAAGAUGCACAGCUUGGAAUUACAGCGGCGAGAGAUUGGUUGCAGGACUCAUUGAUGGUUCGUUGGCAAUUUAUGAUUCAACUGAUCCAGCCUCUUCAGACUUUACUCGUAUCCACAGAUUUAAGGCACAUGAUGGCAGCAUUGUGAAAGUGGUCUGGGCUCCGCCAGAAUACGGUGAUUCAGUUGCUUGCAUUAGUGAAGAUGGGAAUUUGUCCUUGUGGGAGGAGGUCGUGGAUGAUACCGAAGGGCCUCACUGGAAGAUGUGCAAAUGCUUUGAUAGGAACACAAGUCAAGUACUAGAUGUUCAAUUUGGAUAUGGUCAAACAAGUCUGAAAUUGGUUGCUGCGUAUUCUGACGGACAAGUUAAAAUACAUGAGCUCCUAGAUACGCUUGAACUGGAGAAGUGGCAGCUUCAGGCUGAGUUUCAAAAUGUGAUUGAUUUGGUGUCCAAGUUUGGGAACGUCUCCUGUUUAUCUGCAUCCAUUUCAUGGAAUCCAGAACGAAUUGAAGUCCAACAAUCAAGUUUUGUUUUAGGCUUUAAUUCAAACACUCCAUCAUUAAAUUCUGCAAAGGUCUGGGAGUUUGAUCUGGAUCAUCAAAGAUGGCUUCCAGUUGCAGAGCUUUCUUUACCCGAGGACAAGGGUGAUCAGGUUUCUUCAGUUGCCUGGGCCCCAAAUAUUGGAAGGCCUUAUGAACUGAUAGCUGUUGCGACUCAGAAAGGAAUAUCGAUCUGGCAACUCGGGUCAAACCCUGAUCAUGAUGGGAGACUUUCAGUGCAUAGGGUUGCAUUGCUCUCUGGCCAUGAGAAUGAGGUGUGGGAGAUGGAAUGGGAUAUGAGUGGAAUGACACUUGCUACAACGGGAAGUGAUGGCGUGGUGAGGCUGUGGCAGUCGAACUUAAAUGGAGCAUGGCACGAGCAAGCUGUUCUGGCACCACCUAGUUAGUUUUGCCCUCACUCACCAUGCCUAUCUUCAGUACCUAUUCUGCCAUUGUUGAGAUCUGGGAAUGGAUGCGUGCGUGCUUAUAAUUGUAAUUCUGGUGACAUUAUUCUGUAUAUUUUAACAGUUUUUUCAGGCUGAGUUUGAACUUUGAAUACCAUAUGUUGUUAGCAUUUCA